AUGUGGGCCUUCAAUGCACGUGAUUAACUACCUACGGCGUAGUUACAUGUAGGUGAUUAACUACUCUUUUAGCCGUGCUGACAUAUGCGGAUACACCUUUACAAGAUUCAUAUACUGGGCCCAUUUGUCCAUGUACCAGUGCCUAUAUUGAAAUCCUUGACUCUAGGUUAGAAAGCUUCAAUUCUACUCUUUUGUGCAUAAAUUUCUCAUCGGGUCACACAUGGUUGGCGUUGCCGGCAAGUCGCAGGCUUGUAACACCUGCAGGCAGAAGAGGCUGAGGGUAUAUGACCGACCCAACCCGCAUUAUACUGAUCUCCCCGAGCCCCGCUAAUCACGAGGCCCUUUGAAUAGUGUGAUAUGAGACGGCCAUUCUGCCUCAAAUGCAUUGCAGCAAAACGAACAUGUACUGGCUACGGCCGUGAUCUCAUCUUUGUUAACAGGACUCCGUCAAGCACGUCAACUACGGCAACUUCGGUACUGUCCAAACGCAAGACUCUGCAGAAGACUCUGCAGAAGCAACAGCAACAACAACAACAGCCGAAAGAUGAACUUGCUAAUUCCCAGACGGAAACCAAACUACACGAUUUAUUUUCAGAUUCUUGGCGUAACUGUCACGAGUUUCGGAAGUACGCCGUGAAGUUAUUAGAGUCUACCUAUCUCCCAAAGUACCCAUUCUCGAGCAGUCCCAGACCAGAGACCAGCGAAGGGAGCUUCUCGUGGGCCUAUCGCCUAGCGGAUCUGCUCGAGCCCAGCAAGUCUUUGGAUACGGCCCUCUUCGCAUUUUGCCUUGCCCAGUUGCAUGUUACAGGCACGGGCAGUGCUUCACUCUACCAAUGCCUUGAUCGAUACAACGCCGCGGUGCAGCAUCUUUACACGGACUUGAAUGAUUCGGAAAGGCGGUGCCGAGAGGAGACGUUGGCGGCUAUCAUAGUCCUAUCGACCUGUGAGCUUUUUGUAUGCCCUGCGGAAAAUGGCUGGAGCGUUCAUGCAAGUGGCAUCGCAGAGAUCCUACGGCUGCGAGGCCCGGAAAUGGCAAGUACCCCGGCAUGGCGACACCUGUUCUCGCGUAUGCGGAUUGUCUGUACCCUGGAAGCUUUAACGAAACGACAAGCAAAAAUCCUCGAAGACGAUAUCUGGCGACAGAUAGUUACCGAGUCCGACUUCAAUGGCCCUCUCGACGAGGUAUAUCAGAUGGUUGCAGAUAUUCCUGCUAUCCUUGAAAAGGCAGACACUCUCCCCUCCAUCAGCGACCAAGAUGUUCUGGUGAGAGAAUCAGCUUCAGCUGUGCGCGCAUUGCUAGGGAUGGUCAAAUCUGUCGAGCACUGGAACGAUGAGUUCUGGAAGGCUUCGCCGUCGCCUCGAGCCUGGUCAGUACCAAGCUGUGCGGUAAACCCGGCGGACGUCGACCCUUCAAAUCGAGUUUUCCCGCUCUGCUUCGAGUUUGAAUCGCUCAAUGUCGCUGUGGCUGUCGUCAUGUGCUGGUCUGUCGCCGCCCAAUUGUAUAGCAAUGUCAUCCAGAUACACGACCUGGUUCAGGGGAGACUGGGUCGUUCUAUGACACUUGAACACCUCCUUGCUUCAACUAACCCCAUUACGUUAGAUUCAGCGCAGCCACUAGAGCCUUUGAGCCUGGAUGCUCCAUCAUUCAGCCUAGACAAGAGCCGCUCCAUACAAGAUAUUCAAAGCGAGGGAACUAGAAUGGCACGGUAUAUUUGCCAGUCAUUGGAAUACUUCCACCGCACAGAGCUGGGAACCUAUGGUGGUCACGCAACCACAUAUCCAUCUUGGAGUGCGCGACAGUACUUUCGUCUGCACCCUGGCCAUGAGCGAGAGUGGUCGUGGUUGCAAAAUAUACAUAAGAUGGAAGGCCCCGGUACGCGUUGGGGCUUGUCGAUGAUGACUUUUGCAGAUAUAGUUGGGCCGUUGAGCAGGAGGAUGUCGAGAUAAGAUAAGAGAUACUAUCGGCUUAUUACAAAUGCAACAUAACAUAGCUUAUUAUUAAUAGGCAUGUGCCUGAAAAAAUCUUUGUUGGUAGGAUGAAGGAUAAAAAGGGGGAGGAGACAUUGUUAGGAUGAAUCGCGCGAAUCAGAAUUAAGGAUUUCGGGUUUAUUUUAUCGUCUGAAGAGCUGGUUAUCAGCUGCUCUCGGUCACAUGCAUCCAUGGAUGUUUACCUACAGUAGUACACGUUGUAGUGGGUCGUCCGAUGCGGUACGGGGUCGUUACCCGUGCCAAGAACUCUUCGACGAAAGAUGAUACCGCAUUAGGAACUAUCUUUAACCUUACUAAUUCCAACUGAUUCGUCUUUCUCACAGUUCGAUGAUAAAUCCAACCUGCCAACCUACCUGACUAUGAAAAUGAUAUAUAGGUAGGCAAGGCCUGAGCAAGGAAAGAUGGCAGCUCUCUCUUGGAACUCUGUCUUUCUUUUCGAUCCAUCAAAUUUCUUCUUCUUCCAUCAU